CUUUUCCUUUUAACUGGUACAAGUUUGCCACUUAAAAGGAAAAAACAGAAUAAUUAUUAAGGCGCCAAGGAGAAACAGAGGAAAUACAGAAAUAGAGAAAUAAACAAAUUUAGAGAAUUCAGUCUGACAAAUAUUUUCUGAGCACCAGUGAUUCAGGGUGCUGCAGGAUGCUUGGCUAGGGGAUGUCCCAGCCCUGGAGGAGGUCACCCACGGUCUGCUGAGUAGACUGUCAUAGGCUAGACAAACUCUCUGCAGUAGGAGACAAUAGGAAAAACAAAAUUAUGGCGCCCGCCCAUAAUCCCAGCACUUUGGGAGGCCAAGGCAGGUGAAUCGCUUGAGCUCAGGAGUUUGAGACCAGCCGGGGAAACACGGUAAAACCGUGUCUUUACGAAAAAACAACAAAAAAAUUUAGCUGGGCAUGGUGGCGCAUACCUGUAGUCCCAGCUGCUUGAGAGGUUGAGGUGGGCAGAUGGCCUGAGCCGGGAGGGUUGAGGCUGCAGGGAGGCAGAGUGAGACCCUGUAUCAAAAAAGAAAACUAAGACCGAGGAUGGAGAAUUUUUCCCAGCUGAGGGGCCUGGGAAGGCUUCAGGAAGACUAUGAGACCUUGAGUUGGGUGUUGAAGACAAGGCGGGCAGGAUUUUAUUGUCAUCCGUUGUCAGCCUGUCUGAGUCCAAAUGCAGCCACCCUGCUCAAAAAUCAGUCUUGGCCCGGCGUGGAGGAUCACGCCUGUAAUCCCAGCACUUUGGGAGGCUGAGGUGGGCAGAUCACUUGAGCCCAGGAGUUUGAGACCAGCCUGGGCAACACGGUGAAACUUUGUCUCUACAAAAAAAAAUUAGCUGGGUGUGGUAGUGCAUACCUGCAGUCCCUUCUACUUGUGAGGCUGAGGUGGGAGGAUGGCUCAAGUCCAGGAGGCAGAGGCUGCAGUGAGCCGAGAUUGCACCACUGCACUCACUCACAGAGUGAGAUCCUGUCAAAAAAAAAAAAUCAGAAUUUUAGGCUAAUUAGCUUCUCCAAGUCUCUGUUUUCUCAUUUACAAAUUUGGUACAGUCAUGAAUGUAUAUUGUCUCCCUAGAGGAUUAAUUGUGGGGCCAUCCGUGAUGGGAUAAAAAUUAUUAAUGAGGAAGUGUUCUCAAACCUAACCAGACGGAUGGCUGGAGAGAGAACUUAGUUGUGUAUUUUAUAAAUUACCAUGUGCACAUACACCCUUUUUUUGGCAAGUGGUGGGAGGUAUCAGAGAUUCUGGGUGGGGGCUGUGGCCUAAGCAGCUCCUUGGUCAUUGGGACGGUCUCUGGGCCCUGACGCAUGGGAGGGACAGCUGGCUGGUAGGACACUUGGAGGUGGGGGCUCCAGCUAAGCCACUGCAGAGAUGGGGCGUGGGCCAUGCAGGGCGGUGAAGACUGGGUGUAGGUAUGUGUGACAGGGGAGGAGAGAGGUUCGGGGGGGCCAGCCUUGCUCUCCUCACUGUCACCUCGGAGGCUCUAUCGGGAGAGCCCUGGACUCCAGAUCUUCCCCUGCAAUGUUGACCUGGCGUGAGGGCUCUGCGGGGAGCCCUUCAGACUUCACUCAAGAGCCCACUAAAGUCCGGGGCUGUGGCUCACGCCUGGAAUCCUAGCACCUCGGGAGGCCGAGGUGGGUGGAUCACUUGAGGUCAGAAGUUCCAGACCAGCCUGGCCAACAUGGUGAAACCCCGUCUCUACUAAAAAUACAAAAAUUAGCUGGGCGUGGUGGCGCGUGCUUGUAAUCCCAGCUGCUUGGAAGCCUGAGGCAGGAGAAUCACUUGAACCCAGGAGGCGGAGUGAGCCAAGAUCACACUGCUGCACUCCAGCCUGGGUGACAGAGCAAGACUCCAUCUCAAAAAAAAAAAAAAAAAAAGCCCGCUACAGACAUCCCCCCGAGAGGCUCCAAAGCCCCCAAGCGAUGGCGUGUGUGGAAGAAAUUCCCGGCUUCCCAAGAUGAGUCAGACGUCGCGGUCAUCUUGGUGUGUAACAUGGGCAGAGAAAGAAGUCUGUCUCAGGAUUUUAACUUUCCUUAGACAUAAGAGGAGUUAGAGGAGAAAGAGUCUGGCUCAGGGCCUUUGGAGAUGAGCCCUUGCUUUCACUGUUUGCCUCUCAAGAAAGAGCUGGAGUCCACGCCGGCCUGGCAGCCGGGAGUGAGGGACGCUUCUCACCCACCUUCUCACUGGGCGGCUGUGUGUUGAAUGAGGUGUUCCCACGGGGCCUGCGACAUUUCCAGUUUUACAUUUUGGUGAACAAAGAGGGGUUAGAGUUGACCACAGUCGCUGUGCCCCUCGGUGGGGAGGUUUUCGGCCCACCUGAAGCGGCUGGGCCUGCGACUCCUGAUGCCAGUUCCUGGGCGAGGGGAGCGAGCCGCUCACAGGGUGGCAGGUGGGCGUUCGCCUAAUGUGGGCCCAAGUGCCGCCCCUCGCCGGCUCCCUGGACUCCCCACCUCCGUGAGCACCCUUUUCUAGAAGGACCGUCCCAAUACUGGAUGGAGGGGGUCCUGCCCCAAGCUUUUGCCAAAAGCUCCGGGAGUGAGACGUGGGGUUGGCUUCCUGGAAGGAUGACUGCUCUGUGGGGCUGGGCUUGGCACAUCCCUAAAGUAGAUGCCAAGGACACUUGCUGAUGCGCCGCCUGGUGGCCAGAAAGCAGCUUGCAGCCACCUUCCUACCCACCUGCCCACCGGUGAAGGACCUGGUCAUUGAGCCAGCUUUGCUUUGAGUUAAGGGAUGAUGAUCAUUCAAAGCUUGCUUGGGAUUUUUCUUACUGUCCUAAGAGGGGUGGUAUACAAUUGUCUGUGGGGCCAGCGGCUGAUGGACUCUCCUUCCCGAGAGGCUGGGUGGGCAGAGACAGCACCUUGCUCAGCAACCCCUCAACACCAGCCUGACUGGCUGAGGCUCUGGGGGCAGAGUGUGUGUGCACAUGUGAAGGUGUGUGUACAUGUGAGCGCAUGUGUGCAUGAGUGGAUUUGCAUGCAUGUGAAUGUGUUGAGAGUAUGCAGGCGUGCACGUGAGUGUGCAUGUGAUGUGGGUAUAUGUGUGCAUGUGAAUGUGUGCACGUGUGUGCACGUGUGUUGAAAGUGUGCAUGUGUGGAUUGCAUGUAUGCGAAUGUGCAUGUGUGUGGAUUGCAUGUAUAUGAAUGUGUGUGCAUGUGUGGGUUGCAUGUGUGUGUGUGCGUGUGUGUGUGGAUUGCAUGUAUGUGAAUGUGUGUGCAUGUGUGGAUUGCAUGUGAGUGCAUGUGAUGGUAUGUGUGUGAGUGCAUGUAAGAGUGUGCAUGUGUGUGGAUUGCAUGUGUGUGUGAAUCUGUGUGCAUGUGAGUGUGGAUUGCAUGUAAGUGUGCAUGUGAUAUGGGUAUAUGUGUGCAUAUGUGUGCAUGUGUGUUGAGAGUGUGCAUGUGAUUUGGGUAUGUGUGCAUGUGAGUUGUGCAUGUGUGUUGAGUGCAUGUGAGCAUGUGGAUUGCAUGUGUGUUGAGUGCAUGUGUGUGGACUGUGAGUGUAUGUGCAUGUAUGUGCAUGUGAGUGUGAGUGUAUGUGUGUUGACUGUGUGCAUGUGAGCGUGUGGAUUCCAUGUGUGUUAAGAGUGUGCAUAUGAGUGCGUGGAUUGCAUGAGUGUGCAUGUGAUGUAUGUGUGUGCAUGUGAAUGUGCAUGUGUGUGCAUGUGUGUAGGUUUCAUUGUUGAGACUGCAUGUGUGUUGUGUGUACAUGUGUGUGGAUUACACGUGUGUGGAUUGCAUGUGUGUUGGGUGCAUGUGCAUGUGUGGGUUGCAUGUGAGUGUGACUGUGUGUGCAUGUGUGGAUUGCAUGUGUGUUGAGCGUGUGCAUGUGUGGGGGUUGCAUGUAUGUGAAUGUGUGCAUGUGCGUGUGUGUGCACGUGGGUGCGUUGUGAGUGCGUGUAUGCAUGCAUGGGUGUGUGAGAGUGACUGUCCUCCCAGAAGCUGUGUAACUGCAGCAUUUCCCAGUGGCGUGAGGCUGGGGAAGCACCUCCGAUUUCCAGGCUGUUUCUCUCCCCAAUUUUCAGGCUGUUUCUCUGUGCAGCUCCUUCCUAACUCGGUGCCUUCCCCAUGUGUUUCUUUCCCACCAGGGCCCGGCAGGAAGAUGGGCUCCCGUGGACAGGGACUUUUGCUAGCGUACUGCCUGCUCCUUGCCUUUGCCUCUGGCCUGGUCCUGAGUCGUGUGCCCCAUGUCCAGGGGGAACAGCAGGAGUGGGAGGGGACUGAGGAGCUGCCGUCCCCUCCGGACCAUGCCGAGAGGGCUGAAGAACAACAUGAAAAAUACAGGCCCAAUCAGGACCAGGGGCUCCCUGCUUCCCGGUGCUUGCGCUGCUGUGACCCCGGUACCUCCAUGUACCCGGCGACCGCCGUGCCCCAGAUCAACAUCACUAUCUUGAAAGGGGAGAAGGGUGACCGCGGAGAUCGAGGCCUCCAAGGGAAAUAUGGCAAAACAGGCUCAGCAGGGGCCAGGGGCCACACUGGACCCAAAGGGCAGAAGGGCUCCAUGGGGGCCCCUGGGGAGCGGUGCAAGAGCCACUACGCCGCCUUCUCGGUGGGCCGGAAGAAGCCCAUGCACAGCAACCACUACUACCAGACGGUGAUCUUCGACACGGAGUUCGUGAACCUCUACGGCCACUUCAACAUGUUCACCGGCAAGUUCUACUGCUACGUGCCCGGCAUCUACUUCUUCAGCCUCAACGUGCACACCUGGAACCAGAAGGAGACCUACCUGCACAUCAUGAAGAACGAGGAGGAGGUGGUGAUCUUGUUCGCGCAGGUGGGCGACCGCAGCAUCAUGCAAAGCCAGAGCCUGAUGCUGGAGCUGCGGGAGCAGGACCAGGUGUGGGUGCGCCUCUACAAGGGCGAACGCGAGAACGCCAUCUUCAGCGAGGAGCUGGACACCUACAUCACCUUCAGUGGCUACCUGGUCAAGCACGCCACCGAGCCCUAGCUGGCCGGCCACCUCCUUUCCUCUCGCCGCCUUCCACCCCUGCGCUGUGCUGACCCCACCGCCUCUUCCCCCAUCCCUGGACUCCGCCUCCCUGGCUUUGGCAUUCAGUGAGACGCCCCGCACACACGGAAAGCCAAAGCGGUCGGUGCUCCCAGAUCCCGCAGCCUCUGGAGAGAGCUGACGGCAGAUGAAAUCACCAGGGCGGGACACCCGCGAGAACCCUCGGGGACCUUCCGGGGCCCUCUCUGCACACAUCCUCAAGUGACCCCGCACGGCGAGACGCGGGUGGCGGCAGGGCGUCCCAGGGCGCGGCACCGCGGCUCCAGUCCUUGGAAAUAAUUAGGCAAAUUCUAAAGGUCUCAAAAGGAGCAAAGUAAACCGUGGAGGACAAAGAAAAGGGUUGUUAUUUUUGUCUUUCCAGCCAGCCUGCUGGCUCCCAAGAGAGAGGCCUUUUCAGUUGAGACUCUGCUUAAGAGAAGAUCCAAAGUUAAAGCUCUGGGGUCAGGGGAGGGGCCGGGGGCAGGAAACUACCUCUGGCUUAAUUCUUUUAAGCCACGUAGGAACUUUCUUGAGGGAUAGGUGGACCCUGACAUCCCUGUGGCCUUGCCCAAGGGCUCUGCUGGUCUUUCUGAGUCACAGCUGCGAGGUGAUGGGGGCUGGGGCCCCAGGCGUCAGCCUCCCAGAGGGACAGCUGAGCCCCCUGCCUUGGCUCCAGGUUGGUAGAAGCAGCCGAAGGGCUCCUGACAGUGGCCAGGGACCCCUGGGUCCCCCAGGCCUGCAGAUGUUUCUAUGAGGGGCAGAGCUCCCGGUACAUCCAUAUGUGGCUCUGCUCCACCCCUGUGCCACCCCAGAGCCCUGGGGGGUGGUCUCCAUGCCUGCCGCCUCCCACACAAAUCAGCCUCAGAAGGCCCCAGGGCCGUGGCUUCUGUUUUUUAUAAAACACCUCAGGCAGCACUGUGGUCUCCCAUCUCCUCGUGGGCUAAGCAUCACCACUUCCACAUGCGUUGUGUUGGUUGGCAGCAAGGCUGAUCCAGACCCCUUCUGCCCCCACUGCCCUCAUCCAGGCCUCUGACCAGUAGCCUGAGAGGGGCUUUUUCUAGGCUUCAGAGCAGGGGAGAGCUGGAAGGGGCUAGAAAGCUCCCGCUUGUAUGUUUCUCAGGCUCCUGUGAGCCUCAGUCCUGAGACCAGAGUCAAGAGGAAGUACGCGUCCCAAUCACCCGUGUCAGGAUUCACUCUCAGGAGCUGGGUGGCAGGAGAGGCAAUAGCCCCUGUGGCAAUUUCAGGACCACCUGGAGGAGGGUUGCGGUGUCUCCACGGUGCUCUGGGCCUGCCCAUGGCCACCACAUUCUCUGAUCUCCAGGAACCCCAUAGCCCCUCUCCACCUCACCCCACGUUGAUGCCCAGGGUCACUCUUGCUACCCGCUGGGCCCCCAAACCCCCGCUGCCUCUCUUCCUUCCCCCCAUCCCCCACCUGGUUUUGACUAAUCCUGCUUCCCUCUCUGGGCCUGGCUGCCGGGAUCUGGGGUCCCUAAGUCCCUCUCUUUAAAGAACUUCUGCGGGUCAGACUCUGAAGCCGAGUUGCUGUGGGCGUGCCCGGAAGCAGAGCGCCACACUCGCUGCUUAAGCUCCCCCAGCUCUUUCCAGAAAACAUUAAACUCAGAAUUGUGUUUUCAGCA